GAUCCACCUCGCCGACACCGCCAGUCCACGCCGCCGACGCCGCCGCCGCCGCCAUGUCGCACAACUACGGGGACACGAUCCCGCUGAACGCGUCGUCGGCGCAGUCCGACAUGGACGAGAUCGAGAGCCUCAUGUACGACGCGCCCUCCUCCACCGCCACCGUGCUCCCCGCGCGCCCGCCCUCCCCGCCGCGCGCCUCCAUCCCCAUCUCCAGCUCCCCUCCCCCGCCCUCCUCCAAGCCGCCGCUCCCGACCUCCUCCAUCCCCAUCUUCGUGCCGCAGGCGCCGCCCUCCGCCGCCAACGCCCCGCCAGCGUCCGUCUCCGUCGCCAUCGCGUCCGACGGCUUCGGGGCCCCGCCCAACACGCUCACCGAGCCCGUCUGGGACACCGUCAAGCGCGACCUCGCGCGCAUCGUCAGCAACCUCAAGCUCGUCGUCUUCCCCAACCCCAACCGCGAGGACCCCGGCAAGGCGCUCAGGGACUGGGACCUCUGGGGCCCCUUCUUCUUCAUCGUAUUCCUCGGCCUCACGCUAUCCUGGUCCGCCACCGUGAAGAAGUCUGAAGUAUUUGCUGUUGCAUUCGCUGUCCUGGCAGCUGGGGCUAUAAUUUUGACACUAAAUGUUCUGCUUCUGGGUGGGCACAUCAUCUUCUUCCAAAGUCUAAGUCUUCUGGGGUAUUGUUUGUUUCCCCUGGAUGUUGGAGCCCUAAUUUGCAUGCUGAAGGACAAUGUCAUACUAAAGACCAUCGUUGUGACAGUCACAUUGGCGUGGAGCUCCUGGGCUGCCUACCCAUUCAUGAGCGCUGCAGUUAACCCAAGGAGGAAGGCUCUGGCACUAUACCCUGUAUUCCUCAUGUAUAUCUCAGUGGGGUUCCUCAUAAUUGCCAUAAAUUAAUCCUUGGGGUCAGCAACUGUAGUUACAUCUGAAAUGUUGAGAAUCUUCCUCAUUGAACAAGCGGAAUACAGACAUGUUUUAAUAGACACUAUCCCCCCUAAGGAGUCGUUGCUCGUUGUUUUGUUGAGAUUUUGGCCUUCACAUGACCAAGAGGCAUAAGGCUGUAAAAUUAGUUGAAAAGUCUAUAAGGGUUGACUGUUGUAAAGGGCAUCUUGGCUUUGGACCACGUAAUUGACUAUAUAUCAAACUUUCUUCAAACA